UGGCAACAGAACCGGGUCGAACUGUUCAAGAUAAGUUGAUUCAUGUCACGACAGCUGACGCGUAUGAAUACUGGGUGCUGUUUCUUUGACUAUGAUAGGCAGCUAACUUUAUUCGUCACAGUGACUCACUUGCGGCCGUGCCAAGUUCACGUAGCUGAGGAAGUUUAAAAGGCCAUGACGGUUUCACAAGAUCUCACAGGUUUGGCGGUGGUGGCAAGGAAGUGACAUUGUGGUUCGGUUGGCCGGUACGCUAUAUUCAUACAGUAAUCGAGAUCGGUUUAUUGUGGUUGUCGUCAUGUCCGAGGGGAAGGGUGUCCGAGACAUUCAGACGGACGUUCUGAUCGUCGGGUCCGGGCCGGUGGGUGCUACCUUCGCCCGGGAGUUGAUCGACGACCCUCGGGACUUGAGCGUCAUUAUGAUCGACAGCGGGGCACAGCUGUCCAAAAUACCAGGAGAGCAUCUCAAGAAUUCUUUCCUGUACCAGCGGGACGUGAAUCUCUUCACCCAUGUUAUAGAGGGACACCUGGAACCAGUGUCUGUCCCUACUGAUCUCUCGCCCGUACCGACUCUAGACCCUGGAGCCGCUCACUACAAAGGGACCAUUCAAAACGGCCAGAAUCCUAAGCAGGACCCCGAUGAGAACCUGCCGGACAUCGCGGUGUGCUACGCCGUGGGCGGGAUGUCCACGCACUGGACCUGCUGCACACCGCGGGAACACCCCACCGUGGAGCGCUGGCAAGGCAUAGACGGCGAGGAGUGGGACAGGCUGUACAGUCGUGCUGAGGAACUCUACAAAACUAACCAGACGGCUUUCGAAUGCUCCGUGCGCAACAAGGCAGUUAAGGACGCCCUCCGGCGGGAGUACGAGGGCGACCUGCCCGCUGACUACGGCGUGCAGAACCUCCCACUGGCCUGCGUACGUCGCAAGGACAAGCCGGAAUUCGUCACCUGGAGCUCGGCUAGCACCAUCCUUGGACCGCUGCUGGACAUGCGGAAGGAAACGUUCCAGAUUCUGGAGCAGCACCAGUGUGUCCAGCUGGUGCAUGACGGCAGCAGCGUGCAGCACGCUCUGGUCAGGAACCUGGCGGACUGGAACGAGAAGCUCCGGAUCCGGGCAAAGGUGUACGUCAUCUGUGCCGGAACUGUCCAGACACCACAGCUGCUCUACAGGUCUUACAUCCGGCCGGCCGCCCUGGGCCGCUACCUGUGUGAGCAGCCCGUGACCUUCUGUCAGGUGGUGCUGCUGCAGGACAUCAUCCGCUCCAUCCCAACACCUAAUUAUAAGGACCAUGUGGUGGACCCGCACGACCCCAUCCCGAUCCCCAUUAAUGAUCCCGAUCCUCAGGUAUGGAUCCCGGUGUCUGAGGACCGACCUUGGCACUGCCAGAUCCACAGGGACGCCUUCUCGUUCGGAGGCAUCCAGCCUAACGUGGACACCCGUCUCAUCGUGGACCUGCGCUGGUUCGGCAAGAUGAACCAGCCUCAUUCUUAUAACAGGAUGACCUUCAGUGACGUCAUCAAUGACCGUCAUGGCAUGCCACAGGUCACCUUCCACUACAAGAUUCGCGACCAAGAAGAGCGUGACCAGCAGCACGCUAUGAUGGAGGACAUGCUGCGGGCUGCCGGAGCAUUGGGUGGGUUCCUCCCGACCUCACCUCCGCAGUUCAUGCCGAUGGGUCUCUCUCUGCAUCUGACGGGCUCGGUGCGUAUAGGUACAGACCCAAACUCCUCCGUUGUGGACGGGUACAGCAAGGUGUGGGGGUUUGACAACCUGUAUCUGGGCGGGAAUGGCGUCAUCCCCACCGCUACAGCAUGUAACACCACCCUCACCAGCUCCGCACUAGCCAUCCGUGCAGCUCAGCAUAUCCUACAGAACUGGGAUCAGUAAUGGAGAGUUGAAGCCCAUUCCCGCGGAAUUUCCGGCUACAGACCACACCGCGACCCGGUAAAGCCAACCCUGUGAUCGGGCCUGGUGGUAAACGACGUUAGUUGAUCCGAAAGUAAACCCAAGAAGGCAAUGUCUAAGAAACCCAAGAACCAGAUGUAAGCCCAAGAAGCCUACAUCUGUCGUUCUGGUGAAAUCAAUCAUGCAAAUGUCGCCAUAAAAGGAAUUUAGAAUCUCGAUCGAAUCAAAACAAAAGAUUAAGCUUCAAAGGCUUAAAAAAAGUUACUGCAGUAGAGAUUUGCACGGAUUUAAACAUCCCCACGUCAAUUUUGCUUAGUACCCAGACAGCCUACUGUAUAAUGGCUAUCCAUUGCUGGGGAUAAGUUGGCGAUGUUUUAAUUAACCGUUGACAUCAUCAUUCCUGGUGAUAGGUCGGCUGUGUUUUUAAACUUAAGGUUCGAUAUCAUCAUAACAAUGAUGACAUCAGUAGAUCAAGGUAUUUAAUGGUAUAUUACGUACAUUUGGGUUUGGCUUGGAUUUGCUGUUUUAGAUGUUCGUCAGCAUCGGCCUGAAUAUGAAUUCCAAAGUCGAUAAAUCGUUUUUUAACCUGUCCCAGUCACGUACAUUUCAAGAACAAAACUAAAUCAAUGGCACGUUGAACGCUUAAGAGCAUAACAUCAGGCUAAAAUUAAUGCAUCCUUGUGGAGUGACUGUUUUCUUUGAAAUGACAAUAGGGUAGUUUAAACAUAGCAAACUAUACAAGCAAACAUUUUGUCUAAUUGUAGUUAAACUUUAGUAACAUAUCUUGACAUGAUUGCACAUGUUAUGAUACUAAUAAAAACUAUGUGGAAUAU